ACGGAACGCAACAAGUAAACAACGCUGAUUUUCGCAAACGCGCUGGCGCACACACAAACCAAGCGAAAGAGCGCGAGCGAGCAAAUUAUUGAGUGCAUUUAUAUGAGUGAGCAAUUGGAGUAGUAAAUAGUGAAUGUGCAUAAUAUUACAUUAAAAAAAUAUGCAUAUAUGUAUAUAGUGAUUGCAAAACACCAAUACAUACACAUGCAUGUAUAUGUAUAUAAUGAAGUAACAAAUGUAUUUGCAUAAUAAAAAAGGUAAUGAGAUUGACCAAUAGUAAAUAGCAACUUGUGAAUGGUGAAUAUAUUCGUAGCUUAAUGAAGGAGUAAAGAGAUAGAGGCAAAUAAAAUCGGUUUGUUUGUAACAACAGGUAAUAAAUAAUCUCGCUCAAAAUUAGCGAACAUGAAUUCAAAGCAAAAAAUGUGAAUAUUUCUUUAAAAAUAAAAUAAAUAAAAAUAAAAACUCGCCAAAAUUGCAAAACAAGAUUUAAAUGCAGAAGAAACAAAUAAAAAUUCACUCACACACUUGAAUAAACUAGCACAAGCGUGCAAUUAACCAAAAAGAUGUCAUUUUAUCCAUGCAAAUCGCCAGUCAAAUGCUUGACCACUAUUUCAUGCCUCAUCUUCGUGACGUUGCUGCAGUUGACCGCUGGCCAAGGUAUUUAUUCCAUAAUCGCGCCCAACACACUGCGACCCAACUCACAGUAUCAUGUAGCUGUAACGGUGCAUAAAUCACCAGAACCCAUCAAAGUGAAGGUGGGCAUAAUCGGCAGCAGUUAUACAGAUUUCAAAAUAGCGGAGGUGCGACCAUACUCCACCGAACUGGUGCAUUUUGAGAUACCAGCCUUAAAGCGCGAUCGCUACAACUUAACCGCUGAGGGACUCAAUGGCAUUAUCUUCACCAACGAAACUCAACUCAAUUUCGAGUCAAAACAAUUCACCGCAUUGGUGCAGACAGACAAGGCUAUUUAUCGACCGGGCGACUUGGUGCAUUACCGCGUCUUAUUGUUGGAUGCCAAUUUGAAACCAGCACGGAACUUCGGACGUGUACACCUAACGAUACGAGAUGCUGGCAAUAAUAUCAUCAAAGACUAUCGAGAUAUACGUCUAACCAAUGCCGUCUAUAGCAAUCAUUUGCAGUUAUCGGACUAUCCGAAAAUGGGUGAAUGGUCGGUGAAUGUUGAAGUGAUGGAAGAGACACAACGUAGCACCUUCGAGGUGGUCGAAUAUAUUUUACCCAAAUUUGUCGUGGAAAUAGACACCGCAAAACAUGCUAUCUAUAAAGAUGGCAAAAUCCGUGCAACGGUCAAAGCAAAUUACGCCUAUGGUGAACCCAUCAAGGGCGAAGCUACACUAUCAAUAUACCCAACAUUCUUCGGUUCACUGCAGCCUUUCGUUAAUGAUUUGAUCACCAGAAAAGUGGUGCCCAUUAAUGGCAAUGCCUAUUUCGAAUUCGAUGUACGAGAUGAGCUGAGGCUAAAGGAGGAUUAUGAACGUGAAUAUUUGUUGGACGCGCUGGUCGAGGAGAAGUCUACUGGUUCGGUGCAGAACUUCUCUACUGUGAUAACAGUGCAUUUAGAUGCGUAUCGCGUUGAGACAGUGCGCAUACCGAGCUAUUAUAUACCGGGUGUGCCGUUCGAAGUGACGGCUAAAAUAGUGCGCAAUGAUGGUGCUCAGCUGAAAGACUUCCCACCCGAGGCCACAGCCUAUUUGACAAAUGUAUAUGGCAGCAGCGAAAUGUAUAAUAAAACUGCUUAUGGUAUCAAUACAAAUGGAGAAUUUAAAAUGAAAUUCACAGUGCCAGAGGGUGACAGAGAUGAAUAUCAUUCUGUUAUUGUAAAUUAUAUUGGUAUUAUAACGGAUGUCGGUAAAAUACCGCGAAAACAUUUACAUAGUAAAAAUUAUAUAACUGCAAAAAUAUUGACCGAUAAGCCAAUGAUAAAUCAAGAUGUCGCUGUCGCUGUACGAUCCAAUGAACCGAUGAAAUAUUUUGUAUAUCAGAUUGUAGGGCGGGGCGAUAUUAUAACAACAUAUGCUGUGCAGGUGGAUAGCAAUAAUUAUCAUACCUUUAAGUUUUUGGCCACUUUUGCUAUGAUGCCGCGAGCGAAGUUGCUGCUCUAUAUGGUUGUUAAUGGUGAAUUUGUGUACGAUGAGCAAGUGAUUGAGUUUGAGCAUACUUUAAUAAAUAAUGUGCAAAUCGAAGCACCUCUAAAGGCCCCACCAGGCCAAGAUAUCGACAUAACAAUUACAACAAAACCAUAUUCAUAUGUGGGUCUAAUGUUAGUCGAUCAAAAUGCGGCGAAUAUAAGAAAAGGUAAUGAUCUUAGUUAUGACAGAAUCAUGGAUGCCUUACAUGCAUACGAACUACGCGAUAUCAAUACACAACGUGGUUCGCCGGGCAAAGAGUCGGGCGUUAUAACAAUGACGAAUGCUGAUUUUAUAAUAGAAAAAGAACCGGAAACCACACCGAAUUUGCUGCGUGACUACGAUGACGAUGAUGAUGACGACAAUAAAUUGACAACAAUACGUAAGACCGACAUUGGGCCUGCACAUCACAUCGAGGUAAAUACUUUGGCACCGGGUAAAGGUCGUUAUGCCUUUUCGUAUACACCCAAGCCGUAUUGGCAUAAUCCACGUAUACAUUUAAUGCACGAACCGGCUGAUACUUGGCUUUUCCUUAACAUUUCGGCGAGUAAUGAGGGACGUACAACGUUACACCGCCGCAUACCGAGCUCUAUGACAUCAUGGGUGCUAUCCGCGUUCUCUUUGGAUCCCAUAACCGGUUUGGGUUUGACGCGACCAAUAAAAACUAUGCAGUCGUAUAAGGAGUUUUUCAUCACAACCGAGGUGCCAUAUUCUGUAAGGAAAGGAGAGACUAUCGCACUGCCUUUCGUUAUAACCAACAAUAAGGACUCUGAUUUGGAUGUGGAGGUAACAUUUUAUAAUACAGCACAGGAGUUUGAAUUUCCGCCACUCGACAGCAAAGGCAAUCCCACACCGAAAAUUGAAUUAUUUAGUCGCCGCACCGUGCGCGUACUCGCCAAAACGGCCAAACCCAUCGCCUUUAUUGUAAAACCCAAACGUGUGGGACCCAUUAAUGUUAAAGCCGUAGCCAAUUCCCAGCUCGCAGCUGACACCGUCGAGACGACGCUACUUGUGGAGUAUCCUGGUGCCACCGAAACCGUUAAUCAUGGUUUUCUCUUCGAGCUUAGUACGGGUCCACAAACUAAAACUAAUCUAACUGUGAAUGUGCCGCGGAAUGCCAUUGCCGGUUCAACUAAAAUAGAAGUGACUGCAGUGGGUGACGUUAUAGGUAGUUUAUUAGGCAAUAUAGAGCAUUUGAUCACGUUGCCAACGGGUUGUGGCGAACAGACUAUGGUGCAUUUUAUGCCAAAUUUAUUGGUACUGCGUUACCUGGAGCGUAUCAGCCAAUUGACGCCCUCGAUUGAAAUGCGCAUCAGAAGCAAUCUGGAAGUGGGCUAUCAGCAUUUGCUCUACUAUAGCCAUGAGAAUGGUGCUUUUAGCGCAUUUGGUUUGGAGCAGAAGAGUGGCUCUACUUGGUUGACCGCUUAUGUCGCGCGUGCUUUUCGGCAGGCCUCACCAUACAUUUACAUCGAUGAGAUGAUUGUAAAGCGUGCUUUAGAAUAUUUAGCUGGUAUGCAAAAUAGCGAUGGCGGUUUCGAUGAGAGAGGCGAUGUUUUCGAGGCCUUCACUGAUGGCGGUCUGAGCUUGACGGCAUUUGUGACGCUGACGUUUAUGGAAAAUACGAAAUCAUAUCCAGAAUACACCAACCACAUCAACAAAGCUUUGGACUUCAUCACACGCGGCUUAGACAACUCAAACGAUCUGCAUGCGAUGGCAAUUGGCACUUAUGUGCUUUCCCGUGCGAAUCACAACACAAAGAGCGCUUUCCUACAUCGCCUCGAUGCAAUGGCGGUCAAUGAAGAUGGCAAAAAAUGGUGGAAUAAAACAGCGCCUGUGGCCGAAGGCCCCUCACCUUGGUACAACCGCACACGCUCCGUGAAUAUAGAGAUCUCCUCCUAUGGCGCGUUGGCGCUGCUCGAAAACAAUCUAAUUGGCGAUGCCUUGCCCGUGCUUAAGUGGCUUGCGGAUCAACGCAAUGCUUUUGGUGGUUUUGUAUCCACACAGGAUACCGUUGUGGGCAUACAAGCGCUGUUGGCCUUCGCCGAACGGUUUUCCAGUCAAGCGAAUAAUGUACAGAUCAGCGUGCAGUAUGGUCAGGGCGCUGAGACGACGCUCAAUGUGAAUGGACAGAACUCGUUGGCUUUGCAGAGUUAUGAGUUGCCAAAUACGAUCAAAAAUUUUACGAUAUCAGCAACAGGCCGUGGUAUAGCUUUUGCGCAAUUAAGUUACAGUUAUAAUACGAAUGUGACGAGUGCGUGGCCAAGAUUCGUGCUCGAUCCGACAGUGAAUCGUAAUUCGCAUUCGGAUUAUUUGCACUUAUCGGCGUGUGCCAGUUUCGUCUCAGUGGAAGGCGAUGCAAGUCGUUCGAAUAUGGCAGUUAUGGAAAUAUAUUUACCCAGCGGUUUUGUUGUAGACACUGAAACCUUGCCCACUCUAGAGUCCAGCGAGAGAAUUAAGCGUGUGGAAACAAAACGCCGUAACACUGUUGUUGUCAUUUACUUUGACUACUUAGACAGGCGAGAGGUGUGCCCAACGCUGCAUGCUUAUAAGAUCGUAAAAGUAACUGGUCACCAACUGGUGCCGGUUAUCAUGUAUGAUUACUACGAUAAUGCUCGACGUGCGCGUCAAUUCUAUCGUGCGCCGAAAUCAGUUGUCUGCGAUAUAUGCGAACACGCCAACUGUGGCACGCUGUGCGAGAAAGCUGAAAAGCGUGAAUCGCGUCCCUUUGGAGGCAACGAAAUUGGUGAGCUAGAAAGCAGAUCGGGCGGUACGUGCGCAAAGGAUAUAGCGUGGGCAUAUGUGCUACUGCUUCUGACUGCUUUGGUAGCAAAUUUUGCAUAAAUUUCAAAAUUAACUGGUAACAUUUACUAAUUUUAUAAGAAAAAAAAAUACGAAACAGAGCUUUAACAAAUUCAAUGUAACAACGAGUGAUACUAAACAGUAAAGACAGAUGAACGUGUGUCGCGUUUCAUAGAUAUGUACAAGCAAUUUUUUUUUAGUAGUAUUCCUUUAUAUAAUAAUUAAAUGUGUGCGGUGCUGUACACCUAAAAACAUAUUACAAAUCUAUUGUAUAGCUAGUACUUGUUUGUAUGUAUGUUAUAUAAUUGUUGUUAAAAUUUAUUUUGACAAAUUUGUAUAAAAAAGAAAGAUGGAAAUGAAAUAUGUUCAUUAUUACAUUUAAUGAGCAGUUCGUAUAUGCAUAAUGUAAUUGAUGUGUGUACGAAUGUGCGUAAAAAUAUAUAAAUUGUUGACUAAAUAUGUACUUAGUUAUAUAAGCGCUAAAAUCUACUAUUGUAAAAAUAAUUUAAAAAAUGCCGAAAAUUGCUUACUAUACUCCUUUACGCACCGUCUUAUGAAAUACAUUAAUAAAAAUUUCUAAUAAUACUAA